AUGAAGUGGACUUUGCAGUUCUUGGCAUUCGCUGCGCUCGCGGUGCUGCCGUCAACAUGCGUCGCCGACGCAAACGACAACACCAACAACGAGCCAAAGCCUGACAAGGACGGCAAGUACUGGAUCUAUGGCGACGGCGUCUCUGCUGCCUUUGUUGCCUAUGGAGCCUCUGUUUCCAAUUUCAUGGUCAAGGACCAGUACGGAAUUGAGCGCGACAUCGUUACUGGCUUCGACAACGCUUCCUACUACGGCAUUGACAAGCAGCACCCUCACUUUGGCGGCGUUCCCGGCCGCUAUGCCAACCGCAUCAAGAACAGCACCUUUGAAAUCGACGGGAAGAAGUAUCACGUCAAGGCGAAUGAGAAUCCCACCAAGGGCCACCCCGACGGUGUCGAUACUCUCCACGGCGGCCCGGAUGGCUGGGAUUGGCGUAACUUCACCGUUGUUUCGCACUCCAACCACAGCGUCACCUUUUCCCUGGUUGAUCCCGAUGGUAAGGAAGGAUUUCCCGGAGAGGUUGUGACUGUCGUAACGUACAGUCUGAACGGACGAGACUGGGAUUUAAAGAUGGUCGCCGAGGCGACGACUAAGAAGACGCCCAUUAUGCUGAGCAGCCACACGUACUGGAAUCUGGAUGGCUUUGCGAACAACCAAACGAGCAAGGUGUUCAACCAUACGCUGCAUAUGCCGUAUGCCGGUUUCCGUGUGGGCGUGGACAAUAUCCUCAUCCCGACAGGCGAGUUGUUGCCAAACAAGAAGGGCGGCGUGAAUGACUUCUGGAGCGAGCCCAAGCAGAUUGGAGCCUCGUUCGGGGACGAGGGCAUGGUGAACAACUGCGGCUUCAACUGCACUGGCUAUGAUAACUGCUUCAUCAACAACCGCGGCGCCAUAGGCCCCUACGACUGGCGCAAGCAAGGCCCCGUCACCACCCUGUCGUCCCCCUGGUCUGGCAUCCAGCUCGAUGUCUUCACUGACCAGGACGCCUUCCAGAUAUACUCGUGCAACGGGCAGAACGGCACCAUGGCCCUCAAGAAGACGCAGGGCGUCACGGGCGACAACAAGGACAAGUUCCCUCGCACCAUUCCCAAGUAUGGAUGUGUCGUGCUCGAGGUCCAGGAUUACAUUGACGGCAUCAACAACCCUGAGUGGAUGCGUGGCAAGAAGCAGAUUUAUGAGCCCGGCGGUGAUCCGUAUGUGUUGCAGGCCAAAUACAGGUUCAGUCUGGUCUCUGAUCAUGAAGAGAAGAAGGGCAGGGGCCCGUCGUCGUAG